AAUUGACGAGGCAAGAGCUCGAUCAACUACAAAUAAACUCAACAUGAACCCUCUAUAUAAUCUCCUAGCUACUUCAGAAGAACUCAUGCGAACCUCGAUCAGAUCGUUAAUUUCCAGUGAUUUCAUUCAAAACCUUAAACAGUAGUACAGUGAUACAUUCCAAACCCACGGCCUAAUACAGUCAACCAUGUAUAGAGUAGCAAGCGCUAAUGAGUAUCUAGUGAUCACCGGUCUCGGAAUAAACGAUAUCAAGAUCAGAAAGAAGUCAUGGGUGCUCCCCGGGCAGUCCUCCACCUUCAUCGACCUCUCCCCUGUCAACUACACCUUCGAAGUCCAAGCCAUGAGCGCCGAAAAGCUCCCCUUCAUCCUCCCCGCCGUCUUCACCAUCGGCCCUUUCGACGCCAAGGACUCCCUUAAGAAGUACGCGAAGCUCAUCUCCUCCCACGACAAGAACUCCAGCCACGUCAAGGAGCUCGUCCAGGGGGUCAUCGAGGGCGAGACUCGUGUCCUCGCAGCCUCGAUGACCAUGGAGCAGAUCUUCAAAGGUACAAAAGAGUUCAAAAAGGAGGUGUUCCAGAAGGUUCAGCUGGAGUUGGAUCAGUUCGGUCUUUAUAUUUAUAAUGCCAAUGUGAAGCAAUUGGUGGACGUAGAAGGGCAUGAGUAUUUCAGUUACUUGGGGCAGAAGACACAGAUGGAGGCGGCCAACCAGGCCAAGGUCGACGUGGCCGAGGCUAAAAUGAAGGGGGAGGUGGGCUCUAAGCUCAGGCAAGGGAAGACAUUGCAGAAUGCUGCGCAGAUCGACGCGGAGACUAAGAUCAUAUCUACCCAAAGGCAAGGGGAGGGAAAGAAGGAGGAGGCUAGGGUUAACACUGAGGUUAAAAUUUAUGAGAACCAAAGAGAAGCUGAUGUGGCAAAGGCAAAUGCUGAGCUGGCGAUGAAGAAGGCCGAGUGGGCCAGGGAGGCGCAGGUGGCGGAGGUGGAGGCGGAGAAGGCAGUGGCGUUGAAAGAAGCCGAGCUGCAAAAGGAUGUGGAGAUGAUGAAUGCUAUGACUACGACUGAGAAGCUCAAGGCUGAGUUCUUGAGCAAGGCAAGUGUUGAGGCCGAGACCAAGGCGCAAGAGGCGAAUUGGAAUCUCUACCAAAAGCAGAAGGCCGCGGAUGCAAUUCUCUACGAAAAGGAGAAAGAGGCUGAGGCGCAGAGAGCAAUGGCCGAGGCCAAGUUUUAUGGUCGGGCAAAAAUAGCUGAUGGAGAGCUUUAUGCAAAGAAGAAACAGGCCGAGGGACUUGUGGUGCUUGGACAAGCGGAAGGUGUGUACCUGCGCACUCUUAUGGACUCAUUGGGAGGCAACUAUGAAGCGGUGAGAGACUACUUGAUGAUCAAUCGUGGGAUAUAUCAAGAGAUUGCUAGUAUUAAUGGCGAGGCGGUGCGGGGACUUGAGCCGAAAAUUAGCAUCUGGACCAACGGCGGAGAGGGUGGUGCUGACGGCGGCAAUGCGGCUAUGAAGGAGGUUGCGGGAGUUUACAAGAUGUUGCCACCAUUGUUCAAGACUGUUCAUGAACAAACAGGAAUGCUGCCUCCUACUUGGAUGGGCAAUCUACCAGUUGCUGAUAGUUCUGAACCUAAUUGAAUUAAGCAGCAGAAAAUAAGAUGAAUUCAAUUCUCAGCUUUCUUGUCAACACAGGUGUUUUUCUUAUAUUGUCUGCGUUAACUAAUUAAAUUCAAUAUUGUAUUUGUUCAGUGAACUUAGUCAAGUAAUUUCGUGGAACUUAGUGCUCGGUUUUAUCUGACACCUUUGUUAUUAUCAUUUAGUCCGGAGAUUUAAAUAAUGGUGCAUUAGUUUCUAUUUCAAGA